AUGGCGAAAGAACAGGAUGGAGUUCAACACGACGGUCUCCUGCUUCUUGCUAGUCUACAACAUCUAAAUCUUGAGUGGUUACUAAAGUUGACUAGCUUUGUCCCGCAAAACUAUACUGUCAAAGCACCAGCUUUGAAAAGAUUUUAUGUUUAUGAUUGUCCUCAAUUGAUGAACUCUCCCAUUCAACAUGUCCACAAGAAGCUCGAGUUGAGGUUAGAGAGUGUUGGAUUAGCCGCAUUUAAGGAAUUGUUUGGCAAUACGAAAAAUCUUCUUGUCCAUAGAGUUUGGGAUGACAAAAUUCUCAUUCCAGAUCUUGAAAAUUUAGAGCAUCAUUCACAAGCAAUGAUGGGUUUUAAAUACAACGGUGAACCUUCCGAAGGUUGCUUUCCAAAUCUAAAAAGUUUGAGGGUCAAAAAUUGUGUAAACUUGUUGAAAGUAUUUGAAAUCGCUGAGGGCCUUUAUAACCAAGAAGAAAAUCAGGCACCGCAGAUCCUCUCAAAAUUGGAGUAUUUGGAGCUAUAUUAUUUACUAGACUUAAGACAGAUAGUAAAAGGUCCCACCCGUUAUGUCAACCUCCAAAGUCUAAAGGUCUUAGACAUAAUAAGGUGCAGCGAACUGAAAUCUCUCUUCCCACUGUCAGUCAGUCAAACCCUAAGUUCGUUGGAAGAACUCAAUAUACAUGAAUGUGGUGAACUAGUAAAUGUUUUCAUGGAGUUGGAAGAAGAAGAAAAAGAAGAAGAAGAUGAUGAUGAGGAGGACGAUGACGACGACGACGACGACGAUAAUGUUGAUGGAGUAAUAGAAUCUGACGCACUUUGCUUGCCAAACUUGAAAACUGUGGAGAUAACACAAUGCCCACGUCUAAAAUAUGUCUUCCCACUUGCUUUGGCUCGAGGUUUCCCUCGUCUACAAAAGCUACAACUUGUUGGUUUAAGCAGAUUGAGGGCUUUUGUUGCAAGAAACAAUUUUUUGGAAGCACCAGCUUUGGAAGAUUUAUGUAUCCAUAGCUGUUCAGCAUUAUCGAAUUUCACCUUUCAAAAAGAAGCAAACAACUGUUUUCCAUUAAAGCUUCAAGGGGGAGAUUUCAUCCCAAAUCCAAAGAAAAUGGAGCUUUUUAAUUUGAUUUGGCUGCGAGAUAAUCUUAGAGAACUAAUAGUUCACUACAACAAUAACUUGACAUACAUCUUUCCAGUGAUGCUCAUUCAACAUUUAUCACAAUUAAGCAUUCUAGAGAUAAAGUCAUGUGAGAAAUUGAAGGGAAUAAUUGGCAAUGAUGACAUUUUGGCAUCAUCAUCACAAGGUCCUCGAUUGGAGAUGAAAAUGGUAUUUCCUCAGUUAAAGCAAAUAGUACUUGAAGAUUUGCCAAAGCUUGAGAGCUUCAGCCCUGUGGGUUAUCAUUUGGAAUUCCCAUGUUUGGAUUUGCUUAACGUUAAGCAAUGUUCCAAAAUUAUCACAAGUUUCACUGCAGAUUAUUUAACAUUGACUGUGCAUGCUAAAACUGAUCAGGCAUCCCAACUAGAUGAUGCUAGUCCCUCACAAGAAGUUAUUUUUUGGAAAAGGCGUAGACCUACUUUACUACCUCAGUAAAUAGAAGAAACUGGAGAAAUUAAUUCACCAUUAAAGUGAAAAAUGUUGCAGAAAGCAUACUUGAACUUAAAUCUCACAUCUAUAGCAUGUGCGACCAGUCUACACUAGUUAAUUAACCAGAAUGAAUGAUGGCGAGAAUUCGGUUUCAAUAGAGUUGCAGGAAUCCGCUGAACCAGUUCCACAGCUCCUCAAACUUAUAUCAUCCAACAAAGUGGCUGGUUUUGAUUGCAUCAUAAUUAAUCACUUCAUUGCAAACUUGAAUUUGUUGGAGCAGAUUGGUAGUUUUGAGUUGAAUCAUGUGUUUGCACAUAGCCAAAGGUUAAACAGUGAAGCAAUAGUGGUAUUUGUGAAAGCCCUUUGCAAGGUUUCUAUGUCAAAGUUGUAGUCUCCAACAAAUGCCCAUGUUUUUAGCCUCACAAAACUAGUUGAAAUUGCGCAUUACAAUAUGAACCACAUUAGAUUAAUCUGGAGUCGCAUGUGGAAUGUUCUCUCUGAUUUAUUUGUUCUCUUUGUAGCAAUUUUUGUAACGGAUUCAUUGCAGCAGCUUGCUAUGAAAUUCUUAGAACGUGAGGAGCUCGCAAAUUCAUGAUAACAACAGCAAAUUGAAGAAAAUUCAUGAUUUCUUUAGUCCAAGGUCUUUUUACAUGAACUUGUUGAAAUUCAAGUGGUUCUUCCUUCUCUUUUUUCUGGUGUUUUAAGUGGAAAAACAAUGGCACGAAGAUUUGAUGGCUCCUAAAAGUAACUUAGCCAGUGAUUUAUAGUAUCUUUAUGCUACAUUGAGGAUAUAUUUGGCUUUAUGUUAGAUAUGUUCUGAGAAUUCUACAAAUUUAGUAAUGGCGAUUUGACACGUAAAAAUGAAGUUGUAUGAGAGUUUGUGAUUACUUAUUUAUUACUGGGAUGAGGUUUAAUUAGUCUUGAACAUGCUAUAUUAAUUGAAUCCAAAAGUUGAGCUUAUUGAA